AUGCUGUCAAUCUGGAGGUUGGGGUGCUGUAGGGGACCCGGGCUGGGUCUGGUUCGGGGUCAGUGGGCGUCCUGGGGCUCCCGCACGUAUAGUAGCCGUGGCCCGGGACAGGGCUGGAGGAGCCGGAACAGAACCGUCCUGACCUACGUUACCGCAGGAGCUGUGGGUAUGGUGGGAAUGUCCUACGCUGCUGUGCCCCUCUACCGGCUCUACUGCCAGUCUUCAGGUCUCGGUGGAGCCGCAGUAGCCGGACACUCAGACCAAAUUGAGUCUAUGGAGCCUGUGAAGGAUCGAGUCAUUAAAGUCACAUUUAACGCAGAUGUGCACGCCAGCCUGCACUGGAACUUCCGACCUCAGCAAACCGAGAUCUAUCUGGUUCCGGGUGAAACUGCGUUAGCAUUUUAUAAAGCAAAAAACUCCACGGAUAAGCCGGUCAUUGGAGUUUCCACCUACAAUGUCAUCCCUUAUGAAGCUGGACAAUAUUUCAACAAAAUACAGUGCUUCUGUUUUGAAGAGCAGAGACUGAACCCCCACGAGGAAGUGGACAUGCCUGUGUUCUUUUUCAUUGACCCGGAAUUUGACGAUGACCCCAGGAUGGCAUCCGUGGACAAUAUUAUGUUAUCGUAUACGUUUUUUGAAGCCAAAGACGGACACAAACUGCCAGUUCCAGGAUAUAAUUGAUCUCGGACUAGAGUUGCUGGCUGCUGCUGCUGUCCAAAGACUGAUCCGUGUUUAAUCAGUGGGAAGAAAUAUUUAAAGAUUCUAGAUUUUUAUAUGUAAAUAAAUUAUACAAAUACAGGGGCGUCAUCUC